AUGGCAGCCAAUGAGAUCAGCCCCGCUGAUGCCCAAUUAGCCAGGCCCGGAAACAAGACUACCGAGCCAUCUUUGCACAGUCUACCAACCUUAGUUCGCUGGUAUAUCAAUACCCGCGAAUGGGAGGCCAAUUGCCUCGAUCUACCAUUGUUGAAUGUCCUCCGCCCUGCCGAACAAGAAGCCGUGAAACGAUACCAUCAUGCUUCGGACAGGCGCAUGUCUUUGGCAUCUCAUCUACUGAAGUAUCUAUACAUUCAUCAUGCCUGUGGCGUUCCUUGGAAAGACAUUAUCUUCAGUCGCACCCCCAUGCCUGAGAAUAGGCCUUUUUAUGCAUCAAACUCGAAUACACAGGUCGACUUUAAUGUCAGCCAUCAAGCCUCUCUCACUGCCCUGGCGGGAGUCAUCGCCCCGUCUCAGGAACAACUUGCGAGCCAAUCCGUUCAAGGCAUUGCGCCCUCGCCGCCCAGGAUUGGCAUAGAUAUAACAUGCGUCAACGAGCGGCGCAAGCCUAUGAAGACCAUGAAAGACUUUACCGACUUCGUAACCAUCUUCAGCGAGGUAUUCUCACCCAAAGAAAUGGCAACCAUGCAAAAUCCCCUACCGACUCUUCGUCGAGCCCGUGAGCUGGGACUAGCUCCAUCCUUCCUUUCAGAUGAUGAUGCAACUAUCAUCGAAUUUGGAUUCCGCCUCUUUUAUUCUUACUGGGCGCUGAAAGAGGCAUAUCUCAAAAUGACCGGUGAUGCCCUCUUAGCAGAAUGGGUGCGUCAUCUUGAAUUCACAAAUGUUAUUCCCCCGGCUCCAGUUGAUCCAUUGAUCUCAUCCAAGCCAUAUGGCUUGUCUACUGGCGCGGAGUAUAUACCGCAGUCCCCUCACAAUUGGGGUCCGCCGUACGCAGACGUUGAAGUCUUCAGAGAUGGAGAGGUGAUCGAGGAUGUACGCCUUCAGCUGCAAGCUUUUGAGUCUGAUUAUAUAGUUGCUACUGCUGGCCGGGGAUGCCCUGUGGGCCCUAUUCCUGAAGAGUGUGAAAACGAUGGCGACCACCAUCUUCCGAAUCGUCACGGAGAGCUUUUGGCUAGAGGUACCACGACAAUAAAACGCAUUCCCAUCAGCGCCCAUAUGGCCGUGGGUCAAUCGGAUCCAUGGUGUCCAGACUCUACCAUUGUUGAUCCAUGGCUCCCAAUGCAGGAGGUGGAUAUUGAACUUGAUAUCCGGGCCUGCGCUGAGGGCCAUUGUUCUCAUCUAUAG